AUGGCCAAAAAAGGAAGAGGGUCAAAAUCGACUAAAUUAUUAAACAAAACUGCAUCAGCCGCAACAGGAUCAAAUGCAACUGCUGGACCAUCAACAACGACACCCCUAAUCAAGAAACAUCUGAAGAUCAGCGAUGAGCUCAAGCAAGCUGUGAAAGAUCUAGGUGGGGAUGACAGUGAUUUGGAUCUGAUAGAUGGGAUUGAUGAGAGUGGUGAUGAUGAACCUAAUGCUAUAUCUGCAAAGUCUCCUAAAGCGGAGAAAAAGGGAACUGACGAGAAAUCACUCAAAAGGGAAUUAGGGGAUUUCAUGAAAGAAUUGGAUUUCAAAUCUGUCGGAGGAGCUGAUGUAGUCAGCGAAGAUGAAGAGGAGGAGGAAGGAAGUGUAGCUGAGGACGAAGAGGAAGAGGAUGAGGAAGAGGACGAGGAAGAGGAAGAAGAAGAGGAAGAAGAAGAGGAAGAAGAGGAAGAAGAGGAAGAAGAGGAAGAAGAGGAAGAAGAGGAAGAAGAGGAAGAUGAAAGUAAGGAAGAACAGUCCACAAUAGAGCCCUCAAAACCAACGAAGAAAACUGUCGUAGAAGUUCCUAAAGCUACAUCGACCAAAACAUUCGAUAUCGAUUCAACUAGUGCAACCAAUGUUCCAGCUACAUCAUCAUGGACCACACUCCUACCUGAUCUCCCACCACUUGAAGCUCCCUUAAAACCUAUACAAGGACAUGCUUUCAAUGAAAUACGUCAAAGAGCUUUCAACUUGUUAGAUAAUUUACCCCCAUUGAAUCGAGCUUCUUCUUCUGCAGAUGCAGCGUUCAUCUCACAGAUAUUGACUUCAGGUACACAUCAAGAUAGGCUUUCUGCUCUGAUAUUGUUAGUAAGGGAAUCACCUGUACACGCAAUGAAAGAAUUAAAUAAAUUGAGAUUUAUGGCAGGUUGGAAAGAAGAUGGUAUAGGUGGUGGUUCAGGUAGUAAUAAAGAUCAAAGAGUUGCUGUAAUGAAAGCGAUUGCAGAUUGGUGGGUAAAUGGUGGUGGAAAACAAAACGGAAAAUUAAGAUACUUCGCAGAUCAACCUCUUCUUGCUCAUCCACAAAUCACCGAUAGACAUUUAUUGAUGUACGCCUUUGAGGAUUAUCUAAAGAGAUGGUUCUUCAACUUACUGCAAGUACUUGAGGUUCUAUCGCAUGAUACACUCCCAUUCGUUAGGACUCAAGCCCUGCACAUCGUGUAUCAGUUGCUUGCAGGAAACGCUGAGCAAGAACAAAAUUUGUUGAGAUUAGGCGUCAACAAACUUGGAGAUACCGACAAGCCAGUUGCUUCCAAAGCUUCUCAUCACAUUCUCCAGCUCUUGCAAGCUCACCCAAAUAUGAAAUCCGUUGUGGCUCGUGAAGUCUCUGCAUUAGUCCUCAAACCAGUAGGUCAAGCUGCGGCAGCGGCUUCGUCAGGAUCUCAUAUCAAAUUUGACGAUGAUACAAAAGGGAAGAAACCUGAAGAAAAGAAAUCUGAUACCGCCAAUCAUGCAAGAUAUUAUGGUUUGAUCACUUUGAACCAAAUGACGUUGACUAGAAACGAUCAAGAAGUAGCUGGGAAACUCGUUGAUUUAUAUUUCGAAGUAUUCCGCGAAAUCUUAGGUGAUGGAAAGAAAGAUAAACCUAUUGCGGGUCGUCAAGGUGAAAAUGGAGAAGAAGAAGAAGAAGCAGAGAUUCCGGAAGAACAAAUUCAAAAGAUUGCAGGAAAAGUCGAUAAAUGGCGUGGAAGAAGGAAAGGAUCCAAACCUAAGAAUGGAAGAAAAUCAGCAAUUGAACAAGAAGAAGAAUUAAUCGAAAAUUCAGAGGCUAAAUUCGUUGCAGCUGUUUUGACAGGUAUAAAUCGUGCUUUACCUUUUGCUAAACUUGAUGAAACAAACUUCAUAACUUAUAUGGACACCUUGUUCACUAUAACUCAUAAAGGGACUUUCAACACCUCAAUUCAAGCUUUAAAUUUAAUUUAUCAAGUCUCAAGAACAGAUUCAGAAUCAAAACAAGUCGUAUCCGAUCGUUUCUACAGAACCCUAUACGAUUCAUUAUUUGAUGGGAGAUUAAUCACCUCUUCAAAACAGGCAAUGUACCUCAACUUGCUUUUCAAAUCAAUGAAGAAUGAUGAUAGGAUAAAUCGAGUGAUGGCUUUUGUCAAGAGGUUAUUACAAAUGUUAGGGAUGCAUCAACCUCCUUUCAUCUGUGGUGCUUUAUAUCUGUUAGGAGAGUUGUUCUCAUCGACCCCCGGAUUGAAGAAAAUGCUCAUCGAACCUGAGGAUGAUGAAGUCGAGCAUUUUAUGGAUGCCGAUAAAACUCAGACCACCGAAGAGAAAGUCAGAGCUGCUACUGGAAAGGAAUAUGAUGGGAAAAAGCGAGAUCCGUUAUAUGUCAAUGCUGAUUCAAGUUGUCUUUGGGAUCUGAUACCUUUCUUAAAUCACUUUCAUCCAUCGGUAUCACUUCAAGCCAAUCAACUGCUAUUGUCGCAAGAUCUAACAGGAUCAUCAGAUAUAUCAUUAAAUUCUCUAGUGUCAUUCUUGGAUAGAUUUGUCUAUCGAAAUCCAAAGAAGACAUUACAACCUAAAGGAGCAUCAAUCAUGCAGCCCGCAGCGGCAUAUGACAAAUCGGGUAUGAUCACACAGAAUAAAGGCGCGAGGUCAGAUGGACAGAUGGUCAAUUCAGAACAAUUCUGGAGAAAGAAAGUGGAUGAUGUACCUGUGGAAAUGUUGUUCUUCCAUAAAUAUUUCUCGGACAAAUUGAAGAGAUCAGAGAAUAUCAACAGUAAGAAAGGAAAGAAGACUGCAUCGGAUGAUGAAGACGAUGAAGAAGACGAGGAGGAAUUACCUGAAAUUAGUGAAAAUGGUUCUGAUGAUGAUGAAGAUGUUGACGUUGAUGAUGAAGAUGCAGUGGAGGACGAAGAAGAGGAAGAAGGAAGUGAUCCUGAAGAAGAUGAGAUCUGGAAGGCAAUGAAAGCUUCCAUGCCUAAAGCAGAUGAAGACAUGGGAUUAUCCGAUGUGGAUGAUGACAGUGAUGACAUAAGUGAAGAUUCAUCUGUGGAAGGUGAUGACGAUGAUGCGUCCAUCUCGGAAGGCAAAGAAGAUGAAGAAGAGUCUGGUUCAGAGGCUGGAGCUGAAUCUGAAUCUGAACCUGAGAUUGAAGUUCCAUCGAAAAUAAAGAGUAAAGACAAGAAGAAAAGAGCAAGUUCGCCAGUAUCAUCAGAAUCUUCUUUCCCUGACUUUGACGAUGAAGAUGAUGAUCUCCUAUCUGAUUCUGAGAUGCCAAAUAUCCGCCUCGAAAUCGAUGAUUCAGAUAAUGAAGAUCAAGAUCAAGAAGAGGAAGAAGAGGAGGAUAAAGUGGAAGUUGGAAAAAGGAAACGAAAUGAUGAAAGGAAAGAAAAGAGAAAGAAGAGGAAAGAAUUACCAACUUUUGGUUCUUACGAAGAUUAUCAAGCUCUCAUUGAAGCUGGAGGUGAUGAAGAGGAUAUAUAG